AUGAAAUUACUUACUCUUUACUCAUAUGUGUGUGUAUUAUUCCACUGUGUUGCAUGUGCUCCUGCAAUUAUGGAGCAACCUUUGCUUCCAGAAGAUGACUCAUUCUAUACUUACCCCGAUAAUCUCCAAGACUACCAGCUAGGUGAAGUUAUUAAGCUUAGAAAGACUCCUCAUGCUCUCAGAUCUGUUUUAUUUCCGUUGCAAGUAAAAAACUCAUGGCAAAUUUUGACUAGGUCUUCUGAUACAUUCGGAAACGCUACAGGAGUAGUCUCAACUGUAAUUGAACCUUAUAAUGCCAACCCAAGGAAGUUACUCAGCUAUCAAACACCACAAGAUUCACCUACGGACAAAUGUGCUCCUUCAUAUGCCCUUCAAUGUGGAUUAAGCUUAGCUACCCUAAGUUUACAGGGUGAUAUGCUUCUCGUUCAAAUGGCAUUAAAUGAAGGUUGGUGGGUCAUCAUUCCUGAUUAUGAGUCAAAGAAGCUGGCAUUCACUGCUGGAAGAUUGGCAGGUAAGUGCGUUCUUGACUCAAUUAGGGGUAUUCUUAAUAUGGCUGAGGAAUUUGGGCUCGACCCACAAGCACAAGUUGCGAUGUGGGGUUUCAGUGGGGGGUCGCUAGCUUCUGGAUGGGCAGCAGCAUUACAACCUCAAUAUGCUCCUGAGCUAAAGGAAACAAUUCGUGGUGCAGCAUUAGGAGGGUUCUUUGUGAAUAUCACCGAAACUUUUAUGUCCUGUGACACAACACUUUAUGCUGGGUUAAUCCCAACUUCAAUGAUAGGUCUAAGUCGUGAAUAUCCACAAAUAGGAACAUUGAUUGACGAAUAUAUCAAUCCAGAUUACAUUGAUGUAUUUAAAGCAAAUAGCGAAAAUUGUUUAGUGCCAUCAAUUGCAUUUAAUGCUUAUGCUACCGUAUUCGAAGGUGCUCUGGAAGAUAAGCUUUGGUUCAAAAACGGAACAGCGAUUUUACAAACAAAAACAUUCAAAAACAUUAUUACUGACAUCACUUUAGGCAACGAUGAUAAUGCUGUACCCCAGAUACCCAUUUUCGUCUACCAAGGCCUUGAUGAUCAAAUUGUGCCACUGAUCAAUACUUUCAAGAUUUAUGAGACUUGGAAAAGGUUAGGAAUUGCUUCAAUGGAGGUAAGUAUAAGCAAUUCAACAAGACAUAUAACAGAAUUCAUACUUGGCGCACCAGCUGCUUUUACUUUCCUUAAAAGGGCAUUUUCUGGAGAUGUUGUAAAUGGAACAGUGUUGGAUUACAGAUAUAGUAACUUGGACUAUCCAGACGUUGAGCCGCAAGUUAUUGAGUUACUAUUUGGUAGUUUAAGGUCUCUCCUUGGCACUAGGCUCGGACCAUUGGUUUCUUCCAGUAGUCAAUUUCUUUCAACUGAAACAUUUUCGGAUAGUAAUUCUACCUCAGAAGAGUAUUUUAAUCUGAAGAAGAGGAGUGUGAUUGAUUUCGAUGACCUUCUUGAGCGGUAUUUAGAAUCUUGA